GGAAACCUACUGGAAAACAAUUUAUUUAUAUAUCGCCGCAGCUUUGCAUGAAGUAACAAGUAGAAAGAUAACAAACCCGUUUCUGUUCAAAACGACCUCUUUUGUUCAGUGAUGGCUCCUCUUACACUCUCCGUUACGGUGCAAGAUUCUGCCUCCGAUGCUUGUACUAAGAGAAAGCAGAACUUAAUUCUGAAAAAUUCUUUUGCAUCUGUUAGUGUGGGACAAGAAAAGCCAUUUGACUUCUUACGCACUUUAUUCGAGGGUGUUAUCGCAGGAGGUACAGCUGGAGUUGUUGUCGAAACAGCUUUAUACCCCAUUGACACUAUAAAAACACGUCUGCAGGCUGCUCGCGGAGGAGAAAAACUAUUAUUGAAAGGCCUUUAUUCUGGAUUGGCAGGGAACCUUGCUGGUGUCUUACCGGCAUCUGCUUUAUUUGUUGGAGUUUAUGAACCUGCAAAGCAGAAAUUGCUAAGGAUGUUUCCUGAAAAUCUGAGUGCUUUUGCUCAUUUGACUGCAGGUGCCAUAGGAGGCAUUGCUGCAUCUUUUGUUCGCGUUCCAACAGAGGUUGUCAAGCAACGGAUGCAAACUGGGCAGUUUACCUCAGCUUCUAAUGCUGUUCGCUUUAUUGCAUCUAGGGAGGGCUUUAAAGGAUUUUAUGCUGGGUAUGGAUCUUUUUUACUGCGGGAUUUGCCCUUCGAUGCUAUUCAGUUUUGCCUCUAUGAGCAGAUUCGAUUAGGUUACAUGCUUGCGGCACGAAGAAAUCUGAACGAUCCAGAAAAUGCAAUUAUUGGUGCUUUUGCAGGCGCACUAACUGGAGCUAUAACUACGCCCCUUGAUGUCAUCAAAACAAGGUUAAUGGUUCAGGGACCUGCAAACCAAUAUAAGGGAAUUGUAGAUUGUGUUCAAACCAUUAUUAAGGAAGAGGGCCCUGGUGCUUUUCUGAAGGGUAUUGGGCCAAGAGUACUUUGGAUAGGCAUAGGUGGUUCGAUAUUCUUUGGCGUCCUUGAGAGUACAAAACGUUUCCUUGCUGAGAGGCGUCCUACACCUAAACUAGCUCAGUGCUGCACAAACUCGGAAAAAAAGUAAAGAUUAAGAAUGCGUGAUUCUUGAUUCUAGGACUCAUUAUAAAGAUGUCCCGUGUACAAUGCAUUACCCCUCUGGUUAAUUUGAAAUGUAUUCCAUCUAGUUUUGUAGUAUUCGGGUUGCAUAUCAUUAGAUAUUCUCAGGUUCAAAAUCCAGGGCUUGGAUCGGUUAGAGAGACGACCUUUUGCCAUAUCAUUUGUUAUUUUCUGUUUUCAAAGAUUUGUGCAGUUUUUGUCUUCUGUGCAAGUAUUUAAAAAUUAAGAAUUAAUGUAAAAUAAGUUAAAUUUUUCGUA